CGCGUCUUCGGGAUAAAAAAAAAUCUAUUUCUUUCCCCCGUUCCUCUCUCUCUCUCCGGGCGGCGACGACUGGGCGAGCCGCUGCGCCCUUCGGCACGUCAUCGCCGUACCAUUCGCCGGCGGCGAGCACCCACCAGGCAAACUAUGCGCCUUGCGAUGUUUACUAGCCUAUUGAAAAUUUAAGAUGAGUAUACAAGUCUGUUGAAAUCUUGCAACGAGAUUUUCUGUGUAAAGGUUGCACAAGCUUCAAUACUUUUCAUCGGUUGGAGUUAGAAACUUCAAGCAUGAGCUCUCGCCGUGUGAAGUGGAAUGAGGACAAUUUGUAUGAGAUUGAGUCAAACAAACCAGUGAGGCAGAAGAUAACAGAGCCAAAGACACCGUAUUACCCUAUGAUAGAUGAUGACGGUUCCCUAUCGCCAACACGUCCUUUUGACAAAUGUCUCGAUGAGACUGUCCAGGCUGAAGCUAUAUUGACGGCCUUAAAUGGUGUGGCUUCUUCAUCAAGCAAUAACAAUUCAAAGGAUGAUGGUUGGGCAUCCUCAGAUGAUGAGACUGAUGCUAUGGAACAAGAGGAUGAUCCAGAAGCAGACACAGCAAGAUUGAGUUUCAAGGAGCAUCGUCGUGCCCACUACGAUGAGUACCGCAAAGUUAAGGAACUGAUGCGCACUGGGUCCCUUGUUGAGGAUGAGGCUGAUGAGAAGAACAGGGUUGAUAACAGCAGCGAAGGCAAGGGUAUGGGGAAAGGUACCACGGUUGAGGACAGGAAACCCUCUGCGCAAACAUGAGAGUUGAGAUGGUCCUAUUCUCUCUGUUGUUCACUAAGAUAGGCGAAGCCCAUCACGGCAGCUGAAGCAUGUUGUUUGGUGCGUUUGGAUCCGUGGUUCCGGGUUGGGCGGUUUUCUGUAAGCAAAGCAGUUGUUACCUCCUAUUUUGUUUGUGCUGGUGUCCCUAAAAUGGAAGUGCUGACUGAAAAAUACAGUGGAGUUGCCUCCUUGCUCGUUAUGCCAUUUAGUGGCUCUUCUACAUUUUUAAUCAACGAAUAUGUUGUGGCUAGAGUGAACUGUUUGAUGCUCAACUCAGUAACGUGAUCAUCGUGAAUAAUUGUUUCUAUAAGAGAACUCAUCAACUCAGUAAUGUGA